CUGUCUGUCUGCACGGCUGGGCAGUUCUGCACGUCCAAUGAGCUGGAGUACCUGGUGGGGCGUGUCUGGAUCGGCUUUUGGCUCAUCCUCAUUGUGCUGGUCAUGGUGGCCUUUGAGGGCAGCUUCCUGGUGCGUUUCGUCUCCCGCUUCACCCAGGAGAUCUUUGCCUUUCUCAUCUCCCUCAUCUUCAUCUACGAGACCUUUUCCAAGCUGGCCAAGAUCUUCCAGGAGCACCCUCUGCAUGGCUGCCUGAGCAUCAACAGCUCGGCCGAGGCCUGGGGCAAUGGCACUGUGGCCAUGGCCAACACCACAGCCCUGGCCAACAGCCCGGCUGCCCGCGGUGCCACCAAGGUCACGGGGCAGCCCAACACGGCGCUGCUCUCACUCGUGCUCAUGGCUGGCACCUUCUUCAUCGCCUUCUUCCUGCGCAAGUUCAAGAACAGCCGCUUCUUCCCCGGACGGAUCCGGAGGCUCAUCGGGGACUUUGGGGUGCCCAUUGCCAUCCUGGUGAUGGUGCUGGUGGACUACAGCAUCCAGGACACCUACACACAGAAGCUGAGUGUGCCCAGUGGGUUCUCGGUGACAGCCCCAGACAAGCGGGGUUGGGUGAUCAACCCGCUGGGUGUGCACAGUGCCUUCCCCGUGUGGAUGAUGGUGGCCAGCGGCCUCCCCGCCAUCCUUGUCUUCAUCCUCAUCUUCAUGGAGACCCAGAUCACCACGCUGAUCAUCAGCAAGAAGGAGCGGANUGCCACGGCCCCUGGCCUGCCUGUGCCCUGUAAGGGCCCUGACCCUGUCCCCCACUCUGCCCCACAGAGGGAGGUCCUCACCCCCACACCCCCGGCCGGCAUCACUCGCUCCAAGUCAAAGCACGAGCUGAAGCUGCUGGAGAAGAUCCCGGACAACGCUGAGGCCACAGUGGUGCUCGUGGGCUGUGUGGAGUUCCUGGACCAGCCCACCAUGGCCUUUGUGCGGCUGCAGGAGGCUGUGGAGCUGGACGCAGUGCUGGAGGUGCCCGUGCCUGUGCGGUUCCUCUUCGUGCUGCUGGGCCCCAGCAGCACCCACAUGGACUAUCACGAGAUUGGGCGCUCCAUCUCCACACUCAUGUCUGACAAGCAAUUCCAUGAGGCUGCCUACCUGGCCGACGACCGUCACGACCUUCUGAAUGCCAUCAACGAGUUCCUGGACUGCAGCGUGGUGCUGCCGCCCUCCGAGGUGCAGGGCGAGGAGCUGCUGCGCAGUGUCGCCCACUUCCAGCGCGAGAUGCUGAAGAAGAGGAUGGAGCAGGAGCGGAGGCUGCUGCUGGAGCCCAAGUCCCCUGAGGAGAAAGCUCUGCUGAAGCUGAAGGUGGUGGAGGACGAGGCCGAGGAGGACGACGACCCCCUGAG